AAAUAAGCUUAGUUCCAACCCCUCUCUUCGAGCCUCAUCAAAUCGUACCCGAAAUCUGAAGCUUUCAGCGGGAUCCAUGGCGUCCAAGCUCGUCAUCAUCAUCGUCUUGGUCUUCGAUCUCAUCGCCUUUGGCCUCGCCAUUGCCGCCGAGCAACGGCGAAGCAAGGCCCAGGUGGUUACCGAUUCACAGAAGGAUUAUACCCACUGCGUCUACGACUCAGACAUCGCCACCGGAUUCGGCGUCGGCGCUCUUCUCUUCCUUCUCGCGAGCCAGAUUGUCAUCAUGGCAGCCAGCAAAUGCUUCUGCUGCGGCCCUGCACUUCGCCCUAGCGGAUCACGAUCCUGCGCCCUGAUACUCUUUCUCAUCUCCUGGGUGGCGUUUCUAAUCGCGGAGUCUUGUCUUCUAGCGGGGUCUGUGCGCAACGCGUAUCAUACGAGGUACCGUCGCAUCUUCGGAGGAGACGAUCCGCCGUCGUGCCAGACGCUGAGAAAGGGGGUUUUCGGUGCCGGCGCUGCAUUCAUCUUCUUUACAGGUAUCCUGACGGAGUUCUACUACGUUUCUUAUGCCAAAUCGAAAGAUGUUGGUCUGCCGCCUUACUGAGUGGCGACCGGCCGUGGCGGUAGGUUUCCGGCAGCUGUUGUCGUCGUCGGCUGUUUUGAUUGGGAUUGGGUUGGUGUGUCGGUUUUUGUAGAAAUUAAUUGAUUUGGUUCCAUCUUAUCGUUUUGUGAACUUUUUAAUUUUUGCAGCGUUGUGACAGUGAUUUUGGAAAAAAAUAUUAAAUCCGGAUAAGUAUUUUCUCGUGA